AUGAAUCGUGUGUUCUCAUUUUCCAAACACUGUAACAGAGCAAUUCACCACCGUUGCGAAACUCAACUCCAAACCGCAGGUCCCGUUGCCUCUCUCAUAAAAUCCCGCUCCGUCAUCCGAUUCCGAGGACCCGACACCGUCAAAUUCCUUCAGGGACUAUUGACCAACGAUGUACGCAAGUUUGGCGAACCUAUUGGCGAUAAAACCGCGAAUUUGCCUACACCCAAUGUUCCUGCAACCUCCGUUCAUCCUAUUUAUGCUGCGUUGUUAACCCCGCAAGAACCUGAUGAACCCUUUGAAUUGUUUGCUGAUGUUGAUGCUUCUGUUUUGGAUGAAUUGUUGGCAACCUUUACCAAAUACCGGCUGAGGUCGAAGGUUGAAAUUGAUAAUGUCGCUGGCGAAUUCUCGUGUUGGCAGCGUUAUGGUUCUGGGCCUCCUGAGAAUUCCUCGGAUGUAGAAGAACCGGAAGCAGCCUCUGUUGGGUGGGGUGCUGGCGAGGACGGCACUGCAAUGUCAUCUUCUCGUGGGGGUAAUCUUGGCUGGCAAUGGUUUAAGGAUCCCAGAUUGGCCUGUCUAGGUUUCAGAGGGAUCUUCCCAUCAAAUAUCAUUCCACCUCUAAUUGAGGCUGACAAAGAGACUGAUGAACAGAAUUACCUUAUGUGGAGAAUGGAGAAGGGAGUAGCAGAAGGAUCAACUGAGAUUCCAAAAGGUGAAGCAAUGCCACUCGAGUAUAAUCUUGUAGGCCUAAAUGCAAUCAGCUUUGACAAAGGUUGCUAUGUCGGACAAGAACUCAUAGCUCGUACACACCACAGAGGGGUGAUUCGGAAGCGUAUAGUUCCUCUAAGGUUUCAAGAUAAUGAUGGGAACGAAGUUGUAAACAAAAUCAUUCCUGGCUCAGUAGUAAUAAACACAGCAUCUGGAAAGAAAGCUGGUUUAGUGACUACUGCCAUGGGAUGUCGUGGGUUGGGACUCUUGCGGUUAGAGGAAGCUUUAAAGGGAUCCGCUGCCUUAUCCAUUCAAGGACAAGAGGGAGUGAAGGUUGUCGCAAGUAAACCAGAUUGGUGGCCUUCUGAUUGGGUUCAAGAUCUUCAACAGCACACUGCUUUUGCAUAG